CUAGCUUUUGUUUAUUCCAAACGUAUAUCUUUACUCCACAAACCAUUUCCUUUAAUUUUCCCCUGUUCAAUACCAGAUCUUGGGGAAAUUCCUCUCAAACAACAUGGCAUUAAGAAAAAAUGUCAUCGGAGUUAUCAACUUUGUCGCCAUGCUUCUAUCAAUUCCAAUCAUUGGAACCGGAAUCUGGCUUGCAAAUGAACAAGACAACUCCUGUGUCAAGAUCCUACAAUGGCCCGUUAUAAUUCUGGGUGUUCUAAUUCUGGUUGUGGCUCUAGCAGGCUUUGUAGGAGCGUUCUGGCGCAUCCCCUGGCUGCUCGUCUUUUACCUUGUAGCCAUGCUUGUCCUGAUAAUACUGCUGGCUUGCUUGGUCAUUUUCAUCUAUAUGGUCACCAUCAGAGGUUCAGGCCACCUUGAGCCAAACCGAGCCUACUUGGAAUAUAAUCUGGAUGACUUUUCUGGCUGGCUUCGUCAGAGGGUUAGAAGUUCAUAUAAGUGGGAUCGGAUCAAAGCCUGUCUUAGCACCACAAGCGUUUGUGCUGAGUUGAACCAGAGUUACCGUAUGGCCCAGGAUUUCUUCAAUGCCCAUCUAACACCCAUACAGUCUGGAUGCUGUAAACCACCAACGGAAUGUGGAUACACGUUUGUAAACCCUACAUAUUGGAUCAGCCCCAUCAACACGGGAGCGGACAUGGACUGCUCGCGAUGGAGCAACGACCAAAACCAACUCUGCUACAACUGCGAUUCAUGCAAGGCAGGAUUACUUGCCAAUUUGAAGAUAGAAUGGAGAAGAGCAGAUAUCAUACUACUCAUAACAUUAGUAGCAUUGAAAUUGGUAUACUUGAUGGGCUGCUAUGCCUUCAGGAAUGCCAAAACUGAGGAAAUAUUCAGAAGAUACCAACAGGGUUACACAUAAGAGGGCACCCAUAAUGGUAUGAUUGUAAUACUUGAAAAUUUAGUAAAUUGGGUUUCCCUGACAGUCUUAAGCCUGAAAACAUAUCCAAAUUCAUCCAUAAAUUGUUUUGGUGGAUAGACCAGUCUCAUGAAUCUUGGGUUUUCACAGCCCUAAAAAAAAUGCUAAGACCAA